GUGGACUUGACAACUGAGGACAACAUUCUGAGCCGGUAUGAAAUCGGCAGAAAGCUUGGUGAGGGAGGAUUCGGAUCUGUCUAUGAAGGGAAACGCUUGGAGGAUGACCUUGAGGUGGCAGUGAAAUUUGUCCAAAAAACACCAGAAGACAUGGAAUACAUCAACAUUCCUGGUCAUCCCACACCCCUUCCAUUAGAGGUCGGCCUGUUAACUCUUGUUAACAAGGGUCCUAAAGUUCCAGAGAUCAUCGAGCUGCUGGAGUGGCAGGACCAACCUGACCAAUACAUCAUGGUCUUGGAGCGUCCCCAGUCCUGCCAAGAUCUGUGGGAUUUUCUGAACAAUCACGACGGCAUCCUCAAUGAGGACACAGCACGGUUUAUAAUGACGCAGGCAACAAUGGCCGCUCACGUGUGCUGUCGUCGUGGAGUUUUCCACAGUGACAUUAAACUGGAGAACCUGCUGGUCAACACCGAAACACUCGAGGUCAAACUGAUCGACUUCGGGUGCGGGGAUCUCCUGCAAGAAUCCGCCUAUGACGUCUUCUGUGGCACAGAUGAGUACUGCCCACCUGAGUACAACACAGACGGCAAGUACCACGGUAAACCAGCUACUGUGUGGUCUCUGGGAGUGCUCUUAUUCGUGUUGGUCUGUGGACGCUUUCCAGAACCCAACGACCUGGAGAUGAUUUAUGAUGGCAUCUGGUCUGAGCCUGGCUUGUCAAACGAAUGCUGCCAGCUGAUUCGAUCCCUCCUGCAGAAAAACCCAAGCCAGCGGAUUGAUUUGAGGAAAAUCAUUUUCCAUGAAUGGUUUAAGGUCACUGAAUAAGACAUGAAUAUGAAAAUAGUGCACAUGAAAUGGAAACUUUAGAGUUCCUUGAGUCAGCAUAUCAUCUGGUGUCCUGACACAAGUGCCAUCCCUCCCUCCAUGCAUUGGCUGGUGAGCCUUGGCUUGUGGCAGUAAUACAAGCAUCUGGCGAUAUCACUUGUCUAGGAACAGUACAAAAAUCCCCCAUCACAGCCGACUUUAAGCAGAGCUGCAUGUCAGAAUUCCUCUCUUGGCUGCAGCAGAAGUUCAUGUGAAAGCUGUUCCUUCCACGGCCCACUCCAAAGGAUCCUGCACUGGAUGUCACAGAAAU